AUGACUGUCCGUGAGGCACUCAAUGCCGCUAUGGAGGAGGAGAUGUUGCGGGACGAGUCAGUUUUCAUCAUGGGAGAGGAAGUCGCGCGGUACAACGGUGCAUACAAGGGCUUACUAGACAAGUUUGGCGAGAAGCGGGUAGUUGACACGCCGAUUACGGAGAUGGGUUUUGCUGGUCUCGCUGUCGGUGCUGCUUUAGCCGGCCUGCGACCAAUUUGCGAGUUCAUGACAUGGAACUUUGCCAUGCAAGCCAUAGACCAAAUAGUCAACUCUGGCGGCAAGACGUACUACAUGUCGGGUGGAAAUGUGCCCUGUCCAGUGGUCUUCCGUGGUCCCAACGGUGCUGCUGCUGGUGUUGCUGCUCAACACUCACAGGACUAUUCAGCUUGGUAUGGUCAAGUUCCCGGUCUGAAGGUCGUGAGCCCUUGGAGUGCGGAAGACUGCAAGGGUUUACUAAAGUCCGCCAUCCGAGAUCCUAACCCUGUUGUUUUCCUGGAGAACGAGAUGUUGUACGGUGUCUCGUUCCCCAUGUCCGAGGCCGCCCUCCGGGACGACUUCCUCUUGCCCAUCGGCAAGGCCAAGGUCGAGCGUGAGGGGAGCGACGUCACCAUCGUUGCACACAGCAAGAUGGUCACCCACAGUCUUGAGGCCGCCGAGUUGCUGGCCAAGGAGGGCAUCAAGGCCGAGGUGAUCAACCUGCGUAGCAUCCGUCCUCUUGAUAUCGACACUAUCAAGAAGUCCGUGAAGAAGACCAACCGAUUGGUUACGGUUGAGGGUGGCUUCCCCGCGUUCGGUGUCGGCAGUGAGAUCUGCGCGCAGAUCGUCGAAAGUGAAGCAUUCGACUACUUGGAUGCACCUGUUGAGCGUGUAACCGGUGCCGACGUUCCCACUCCUUACGCUAAAAACCUCGAGGAUCUUGCUUUCCCUGACACCCCGCUUAUCGUCAAAGUCGCCAAGCGCGCUUUGUACAGGACGAACUAG